AUGAACGAUAGAGAAAGAAGAACAUUUAAAAAUUCCGCAUCAUAUAACAGGAUAACGUUCAAAAUAAGGUGGGCUCUAGGGAUUUCCAUGGGGAAGAAUCCAGUCGUGACUUUGAAGCCAACAUCAUCUGUUGUCGGCAGCGAACUCUUCAACUCGAAAGUGACAGCGACACUCUUAAUUCUUAUUGAUGCAACUGUUGUAUGGAUAAUCGCUGCAAGUGAUAUUUCAGGAUUAAACGAUGUGGCGUUCUGGACGACGUGCCUCGCGUUUUGGUUCGUAUCGCUCAUUGUUGCAGUUAUUGGUAUCGUAACCAACAGAACAAUGCUAUUUGUCCCUGUUUAUGUUGUAUGGUGUGCGACGCUUGUGUGUUCAAUACUCUUCUUAAUUGUCGAUGCAUACGUUGACGCAUACUGUAGUACUGAACCAGUCAACAAAACAAGUCGAUGGAUUCCAUCAUGCGAUCUAUUUCUAAGGCAUCAAAGUCCGUUUUCGAGCUAUAUCUUGUUCAUGUUGCUGAGGUAUCUACAGCUAUUUCACACAAGGUCGCUCGCUGCAUCUAUUGAUGCUAAGAAAAGAAGCACGAUAGCCGAGAACACUGUUUUCUGUCUGGGUUCGGUAAGCAGUGAAGAGCAACCAUUUUUGUACUGGAUUUUUGGCAACGAAAGAAGACGAGGAUGGCAAACUUGGAAAGUUGAUUUUCGCAAAAACCGGUACCUUCGCCAUUUAUUUUGGCUUCCAGGAGGGGAUAUUAAGGCGAAGAUAAGUGUGACGCGUCCGAGAAAGGAGGCUGAAAGUGAUGACGAUGACAUGGUGGUCUUUGAAAAGAUUGCCGGAACCUUCAAAGGAGACAAACCAAAGAUAAACGAUAUGGGAAGAGCUUCAAUUUCAUGA